AUGGACCUACCAUCCUUCCAUCGAGCUGCUGUGCUCAAGUCGCCAGGCCCCAACCCCCAUUUUGACGUCGUCGACCUCCCAGUCCCACAGCCCGGCCCAACUGACGUCCUAGUAAAACUCUCCGUAACAGGGCUAUGCGGCACCGACUUCGCGCUCUCCUCGGGCGCACUCGGCCAGACCCAGCCCAUACUAGGGCACGAGGGAAUCGGCCGCGUAGCGAAACUCGGCUCCGCAGUGGAUGAAUCCCAAGUCCGCAUCGGGCAACGAGUUGGUGUCUCCUGGGUCCGCGACGUGUGUCGGCAUUGCGCCUUUUGUCUACACGAGGGCGGGGACGGCGAGGCACAUUGCGCCGCCCAGAUCCAUUCUGGGAGGAAGGUUGAUGGGACCCUUGCUGGGUUUACGGUCGUGCCGUAUGGUUAUAUCGUUAGGCUUCCUGAGGGGCCCGAAGAUAGGGUUCUGGCGCCAGUUAUGUGUGGGGGAGUGACGGCGUAUAAAGCUUUGAAGCUUUCUGGUGCGGCGCCUGGAAGCUGGGUUGUGCUGCUGGGGGCUGGGGGUGGUGUUGGGUCCUUGGGUGUCCAGUAUGCUCGGGCAAUGGGGUAUAGGGUUAUUGCUGUUGACGCGGGCAAUCUGAAAGAAGAGGUUUGCUUGGAGCUCGGAGCGAGUGCGUACCUGGAUAUAGAGCAGAAAGGGCUGGAUCUUUCUGGUACAGUGAAACGACUAACUGAUGGCCACGGUGCAAGUGCUGGCAUUGUCAUUGCAGGGUCUGCUAGUGCGUACCAGGAUGCAUUCGACCUUGUAGCCCCGUUUGGGACGCUGGUCUGUGUUGGAAUCACACCUCCGUCGGAGCCGAUCCAGGUCCAUCCGCUGACUCUGAUCGAUAAUGGUGUCAGAGUGCUUGGGUCGAUGACUGGCACGAGGCUGGAUAUAGUCGAGGCCGUGGAAUUCGUGAGAAGGGGAGAGGUGGUCCCUGAGGCCCAAAUGAUACCUCUUGAUAACAUGGAAAAUAUAGGAGAGCUUCGUGCCUCAAGUAAGGCGAGUUAUCCCGUCACCUCUCAUUAUUGCAACCUGAUCUCACAAUGCGCUUAG